CGGGCGUGCCGGCCGGUGCGGUGGGGGGCCGGCCCCGCCGACGGAGCUGCUUGGGCGCGUAGGGCGGCUUUGUCUCGAGGAUGAAUGAAAUGAACCUGAGCCCGGUGGGGAUGGAGCAGCUGACCUCCUCCUCUGUGAGCAGCGCCUUGCCGGUCUCGGGAGGUCACCUGGGCUUGGCUGCCUCGCCCACACACAGCGCCAUCCCUGCCCCAGGUCUGCCAGUGGCGAUUCCCAACCUGGGUCCAUCCCUGAGCUCCCUGCCUUCUGCUUUGUCUCUGAUGCUUCCAAUGGGAAUUGGGGACCGUGGGGUGAUGUGUGGGUUACCUGAGAGAAACUACACCCUCCCUCCACCACCUUACCCUCACCUGGAGAGCAGCUAUUUCAGAACCAUCCUCCCUGGCAUUUUAUCCUAUUUAGCGGACAGGCCGCCUCCUCAGUAUAUCCACCCCAACUCUAUAAAUGUCGAUGGCAAUGCGGCGUUAUCUAUCACCAAUAAUUCUUCAGCGCUAGAUCCCUAUCAGUCUAGUGGAAAUGUUGGGUUGGAACCAGGUAUUGUCUCAAUAGACUCUCGUUCUGUGAACACACAUGGUGCCCAAAGUCUACAUCCCAGUGAUGGCCAUGAGGUGGCCUUGGACACCACGAUCACCAUGGAGAACGUGUCCAGGGUCACCAGCCCACUCUCCACUGAUGGGAUGACAGAGGAGCUCACGAUGGACGGCGUUGCAGGCGAGCACUCCCAAAUCCCAAAUGGCUCCCGAAAUCACGAACCGCUCUCUGUGGAUUCUGUGAACAGCAACCUUGCCACAGACACCGUGGGGCAUGGUGGUGUUAUCCCCAUUCAUGGCAACGGCCUGGAGCUCCCCGUAGUCAUGGAGACAGACCACAUUGCCAGUCGGGUGAGCGGGAUGCCCGACAGUGCCCUCAGUGACUCCAUCCACACCGUGGCCAUGAGCACCAACUCUGUCAGUGUGGCCCUCUCUACCUCACACAACCUCGCCUCCCUAGAGUCGGUUUCCCUCCACGAAGUUGGCCUCAGCCUUGAGCCUGUGGCUGUCUCCUCCAUCACUCAAGAGGUUGCUAUGGGGACAGGUCACGUGGACGUGUCUUCAGACAGUCUCUCUUUUGUACCGCCUUCGCUGCAAAUGGAAGACUCCAACUCAAACAAGGAGAACAUGGCAACCUUGUUCACAAUUUGGUGCACGCUGUGUGACCGGGCCUACCCCUCUGACUGCCCCGACCAUGGACCGGUGACUUUUGUUCCUGAUUCUCCAAUAGAGAGUAGAGCGAGGCUCUCUCUCCCGAAGCAGCUUGUUCUUCGUCAGUCAGUCGUGGGCGCAGACAUCGGGGUGUGGACUGGAGAGACCAUUCCUGUGCGGACUUGCUUUGGGCCUCUGAUUGGUCAGCAGAGUCACUCCAUGGAGGUGGCUGAGUGGACAGACAAGGCCGUUAACCACAUCUGGAAGAUCUAUCACAGUGGCGUCCUAGAGUUCUGCAUCAUCACGACGGACGAAAACGAAUGCAACUGGAUGAUGUUUGUGCGCAAAGCCAGGAAUCGGGAAGAACAGAAUUUGGUGGCUUAUCCCCAUGAUGGCAAAAUCUAUUUCUGCACCUCCCAAGACAUCCCUCCUGAAAACGAGCUGCUUUUCUAUUAUAGUCGGGACUAUGCUCAGCAGAUGGGUGUUCCUGAGCACCCAGACGUGCACCUCUGCAACUGUGGGAAGGAAUGUAGCUCCUACACAGAGCUCAAGGCCCAUCUGACCAGCCACAUCCACAGCCACCUCCCUGGCCAGGGCCAGGGUGGCCAUGGGCCUGGCCACAGCAAGGAGAGGAAAUGGAAGUGUUCCGUGUGCCCACAGGCCUUCAUCUCCCCUUCCAAGCUGCAUGUCCACUUCAUGGGCCAUAUGGGGGUGAAGCCCCAUAAGUGCGAUUUCUGUAGCAAGGCUUUCAGUGACCCCAGCAACCUGCGGACCCACCUCAAGAUACACACAGGCCAGAAGAACUACCGGUGCACUCUUUGUGACAAGUCCUUCACCCAGAAGGCACACCUGGAGUCUCACAUGGUCAUCCACACUGGGGAGAAGAACCUCAAGUGUGACUACUGCGACAAGCUGUUCAUGCGGAGGCAGGACCUCAAGCAGCACGUGCUUAUCCACACUCAAGAACGGCAGAUCAAGUGUCCCAAGUGUGACAAGCUGUUCUUACGGACAAAUCACCUGAAGAAGCAUCUGAAUUCACACGAAGGAAAACGCGAUUACGUGUGCGAGAAGUGCACGAAGGCCUACCUGACCAAGUACCACCUCACCCGCCACCUGAAGACCUGCAAGGGGCCGGCGUCCGGCUCCUCCGCCCCGGAAGAGGAUGAGGACGAUGACUCCGAGGAGGAGGACCUGGCAGACCCCGUGGGGACGGAAGGCUGCAGGAUGAGCGGCGCUCUGUACGCAGCAGAUGAGCCCCUGUCCGUGCAUAAGUGACAGUGUGAGCCAGCUGCCCCCUGCAGUGGGUUCAUAGCAGACGGUUUCUGGUUUCCCUCCAGCCAGCUGUCACAACAGACGCGGAGUGGGGCGGCGCUUAGGAAAGAAGUCUCGGAUAAAACACUAUCAGACUGGGAGGAGAGAGCAGGCAUCCCAGUUCUGGUGAUGUGGGGGCGACUUUUCUGAGAUUGGUUCUUUUAUUUCCAUGACAAUCUGGGACAUGCAUUUGUGCCUGCGUCAAAGUGGCCUUCUGCCCAAACAAGUCAGAUGUAGUUCAGAUUCUUCAUUGCUCCCUCCCCUGCCUGGGAGUCGGAGACAUCCCACUCGUGCUCCCCCCCGUAGCCAUCCUCGGAGCUGGCUGUUCGGUGCGUGCUGUGACUGAAGUGCACUGCUGGGGCCUGGAGCAUAGCUGUGCAUGUGCGUGCCACUGUCUGUCACUCGCAGGCUGACAGCUAUUCCCCGCAACCUCUCCUGGUCACUGGGGAGUUAAGGGCGGAUCUGACGUCACAGUUCCCAGCAGGGUCUCGGGGCAGGUACAGGAAGGAGCAGCUAGUCAGUGGGCACGGAUGACGGGGGGAAGGAGGAUGGUACCUGCAGGAGGACUGGCUUCAGUGGGAGCCAGGGUGCGAUGCCUGGUUGUCAUCCCUGCAGGUCUUGGCAGCCCUGGCUAUCGCUGUGACUCUAGUAAAGCCCCUGCCACUGAUAAGGGACCUCGAGUCUGGAGCACCCAGACUACUGCCCGGUUGUCUCCUGGAAGCGGGUGCUCGUGCCUGUGAGACAGCAUGUGUGGGAAGGGAAGGAGCGCUCUUUAUGUUUGCGUCCUUGGUGAAAAGGAUCAAGCCACCGUUUACAUGUUCCCAAUUCCAAGCAAUGCUGACCCCCCACACGGGUGCCCUGGAGGGCGGGCCUUGCCAGUGGGUUCUGGAGGGACUGUCCAGGUAAGCACGAGGGUGCGUGAGGGUCUGGAAGGUACAGGGGGCCGCGCACCGCUCGGGCGCGCACCCCAGGCUGUGCAGGAAGCAGAUGCAUGCAGCGCGCUCUCACUCAGAGGUUCCACCUCUGGGCUGGGGCAGAGGACGCUGGUGAAGGUUUUGCUGCUAAUGUAUUUAUGGAAUGAAUGUAUUCAUUCAGAUGUGUAUUCCUCUAGGAAGGAUGAAAAUAAACAUUUUUUGUAAGUACA